AGUACAAGAAAUCUUAUUUAUACCAAUAAAUGUUAUUGUAAAUCUAAAUCUGGUAAAAUGACUUCAGACCAUUUUAAAAUGUGGUUAGAAGAAACUUAUUUUCCAAAUAUUGAUUCUAAUACCGUUCUUCUUAUCGAUUCAUGGACUGGACAUUGUCCCAAUAUUAUUUCAGAUUUAACACCUGCAGGAAAACAUAUUUCUACCAUGAUUAUACCGAAAGGCACAACAGGGAAAAUACAACCAUUAGAUGUUUACGGAUUUAGAAUUUGGAAAAAUUUUGCUAAAAGAUUUUCAGAUACUGUUUUAUUAUUGGAAAGUAAUAUAAAUUUACAUGAACGAAAUAAUAUAAUAAAAUUACAAUCUCUGAUACAUAAUCAAUUGUCAUCCCCGCGAUAUCACAACUUAUUUAAAUAUUCGUGGUUUAAAAGUGGUUAUACAAACGAAAGACCAGAAGAAUUUGAAAAUCCAAUAGAAUUUAGUUUUGACAAAAGUUCAACAAUAUGUGAUAUCGAAGGUUGCAGUAAUAUAGCUGUAGUAAAAUGUUCAUGGUGCAAGAAGUCAUUAUGUUUAAAACAUUUUUUCAUCGAGUAUCAUUAUUGUAAUGAGUAUAAUGAUUUGACUCCAUUGGAUUAUUUUUUGUGGGGUGCCGUUAAAGAUAAAUGUUACGCUAAUCAUCCAGAGACAAUUGAUGCCUUGAAACACGAGAUUGAAGUUGCCAUUCAUGAAAUUCAAGCUCAUACAAUCGAAAAAGUACUUCAAAAUUGGGUUCAUCGUAUGGGCUACUGUAAGGCCAGUCGUGGAAGUCAUUUAAAUGAAAUUGUGUUCCAUUCUUAA